AUGGGUGCGUGUCUCAGCUCCGAGUCCGGUGUGGACUUAGAAGGGAAGAAGAGGAGUCAGAUGAUCGAUAAGAAAUUGGAGGAAGAUUCAAGGCGACUACGCAGAGAAUGCAAAAUCCUACUUCUGGGAUCCGGCGAAAGCGGCAAGUCAACGAUCGUCAAACAGAUGAAGAUUAUCCACCAAAAUGGGUACUCGGUCGAAGAGCUCGCCUUAUACCGUCUGACCGUAUACAAGAACCUCAUGGACUGCGCGAAGGCGCUGAUUGGGGCCUACCACCAGUUUGACCUGGAGCCGUCCAGCCAGAAAGUGCGGGAUUAUAUCACCUUCCUCCUGGAAUACAAUAUCGAUCCCGACCCAAAUACCCCUCUCGACCCCAAAGUCGGGGAUGCCGUGACAUACCUUUGGAACGAUCCAUGUACUUCGACGGUCCUGGAACAUCAAAGCGAAUUCUAUCUGAUGGAUUCCGCACCAUACUUCUUUGAACAUGCGAAGCGAAUAGCAGAGCCGGAUUACAUUCCCAAUGAAGCCGACGUGCUCCGCGCCAGAACGAAAACGACGGGUAUAUACGAGACGCGCUUCACGAUGGGCCAACUCAGCAUUCAGUCGACAGUAUGUUUGAUGUCGGAGGGCAACGAAGCGAACGCAAGAAGUGGAUCCAUUGCUUCGAAAACGUCACGUCCAUUAUUUUCUGUGUCGCGUUGA